CUAACCGCGGGAGACAAUAUGGCGGCGCCCAUACGUAAACAACGAGAUCGUCCCAAAGUCGGUGUAGGCGUAAUAGCUACAAGCAGAAAUCAUCCGAAUUGUGUUUUGCUAGGGAAACGGAAGAAUUCAGCGGGCGAUGGCCUGUAUGCGUUACCAGGUGGUCAUUUGGAAUUUGGUGAGGGAUGGUGUGAGUGCGGGUCGAGGGAGCUUUUGGAAGAGACAGGAUUGGUUCUGAAGGACAUGGAAUAUUGUGGUGUGGUCAACACCGUGAUGGACAUAGAUAAUCUCCACUACAUUGACCUGUUUGUACGCGGGGAAGUGGACACCACUCACUCAGAACAACCUGAAAAUCGAGAGCCACAUAAAUGUGAAGGUUGGCAUUGGUUUGACUGGGACAGCCUUCCUCCAGAAGAUCAGUUGUUCCUUCCGCUACGACUCUUCAUAAACCAAGGCUUCAACCCUUUCAAUAGAGUCAAUAAACCCGCUCCACAAACUCCCAGCCAACCGUCCACAUGGAUACCGAACCAUCACAAACGUCCCGGAGUUGGUGUUGGAGUUUUGGUGACAACUCCCUCUCAACCCGGCUGUGUGUUGUUGGGGAUCAGGAAGGGGUCCACGGGGAGCGGGCUGUUUGCAACACCAGGUGGACACCUAGAAUAUGGAGAGGAUUGGUGCGAGUGUGGGUCACGUGAGGCAUUGGAGGAGGCCGGAUUGGUCCUCAAGAACAUGGAAUUCUGUGUAGCCGUGAACGCCAUUAAUCCGUCAGAGGAUUAUCACUAUAUCACAUUGUUCGUGCUGGGAGAGAUAGACAACACAGAACCACAGAAUCUCGAGCCACAUCUAUGUGAAGGGUGGCAGUGGGUAGAAUGGGAGAAAUUCCCGCCACAAGAUCAGCUGUUUUGUGCACUAAAAGUACUGAAACAACAAGGGUAUCAUCCCUUCGUAUCCACACAACAGUAGCCUACCAUUUACACAUCACCACCUUUCAAUUUGAGGAUAAGAGCGGAACCAGACAGACGAUGUGGAUCUAUACAAAAUCCUGUCCUUGUACCAACAGACAAUCGAUAGCGUAUAAGUUUGUGGUUUUCAUUCCUUUGACGUCAUGGUACUAUCAUACAAUGUAAUUGUUCGAAGAGAACUAGUGUAAUUUUAAAAUGACCAUUACAAUAUUAUUGAUGAGA